CAAGUUUUCAUCAGACUCAAAAAAACAAUAUUUAUCUACUCGAAAUUGCAUAAUGUUUGAAAUAAGCUUCUUGCAUCAUUGAUUCCAAUGUAUUCGAAUGAAAUGGAAUAUUCAUAGAUGAUAUUAACAUCACCUUUAGAUUAAACCUUAGCAGUUCAAUUAUUACUUUGGAUUAAGUAUUACCUCCAAGAUUAGAGAAGUAAAUCGCAUCAUUUACACUAGCUACAUGAUGUUUACAAUUGAAUAAAAGUAAAAUCUCUCAAAUUACAUUUCAAAUUUGUCACUCACUGAAAUCUUCAAUCAAAUUUAGUAUGAUCAAAUACUUCAAUAUGCAAAGCCUCUGGGUAUUGAUAUCCAAAUAGUUUAAGCUUAGUGAUCCAAAAGAAUGAGCAAAAAUAAUAUCAGAUUAUAAACACACAAUCUAACAGACAAAUUGGAUUUCAAUAGGUAAUAACCUUAUAUGACUAAAGAAAAAAACAGAUUGAUUGCUAUCCAACUAGAUUUUCUAUAGUAAGCUCAAUAAUACUAGAUCAAUCAGCUCAUAACCCAUUUAAUAUUCAAAAACAAUAACUAUAAAAAGUAAUGGUUUGAAUUUCAUAUUAACAGAAGAAGAUGACGUUACAAAGUA